CAGAGAGGAAACAAACAGAGGAUGGAAGCCAGGAUUUUAAAUGUGAAAAGGGGGCCGAACUCCACCAUCUUUGCCCGCAUUUCACUGCCGAAGUGGAGAAGCGGGAAGUAGAAAAGAAAAAGCUGAAAGCUUGGAGUUAUUAGGAGAGUGGAGUGGCAGGGGAACUUUGUUCUUCUUCUUCUGCUGCUGCUGCUUUUUCUUUCCUCCUCUCUUUUUGUGUGUUUUAAUCGUGUGUUGCUAUCUCGGAGUCGGGAGGCCUCUGUUUAUGAUGGUAAAAGGAAUCCAAGUUGCAGCAGGAUUACACUGGAGAAGAAGUAGACCCGAAACUUAUGCUGGAGAAACGUUUUGGAAUAAGUCAUAGAGGCUAGUCUGUUUAGUGGUGUUGGGCACUAUUUUAUUCUAAUGUUGGAUUAGCCGUUAAAGAACAGUUUAAUGUUGAAACAUAGCCGGUCAGAGUGUGAAACAUGGCGUUUAUUUGUAAAACUGAUUACGAGCUGAUAUCUAAAGAAGCAGAGUAGCACACCGCUGUCUCUGUACAUUUUCGGUCAUUUCUACCCUAAAUCUUGAAACGCAACAUGGUAUCAGAGCGGCCGAUCUAGGUCGUCUUUCGCAACACGAUGUCCGGGCAGUCUGAAUCCACCGAAGAAACUCAAAAUGUCAGCGGCGGAUCUCAGAAUGCUAGUGGCGUCUCCAACAGUGCACCAGUUCAAUUUGGAUAAUUUGGAGCAGAUCAAAAUGGCGUCGUUGUCUUUGGUAAUCCUCUCUACUUGAACCCAAAUGAGAGUUUUGCACAACCCAUUGUGUAUGAGUCACUUGAUGUGAGUAAUUACUCUAUGUGGAGUAGAUCCUUGAAGAAGACACUGAAAAUGAAACACAAAUUGGGUUUCAUUGAUGGAUCUAUGGUGAUGCCUGCCAGAACUGAUCCGAGCUUUCCUCUAUGGGAUAGUUGCAACAUCGCUAUUGUAACCUUGAUUGUGAAUUCACUACAGAAAGACAUUUAAAGUUCUGUUAUGAGUCAUGAGAAUGCGAAGUCUCUAUGGGAUGAACUCCACCGUAGGUUUGGUCAGUUGAAUGCUAACAAAUUGACAAAUCUAGAGGAUGAAAUUCAUAGACGCAAGCAAGGGAACAUGUCAAUCACUCAGUACUAUACUCUAAUCAAGGGUUUGUGGGAUGAGUACACAGAAUAUAGCUCAAUUGUGGAGUGUAACUGCGUUCUAGCAAAUCCAAACCCGUGUAGUGCAGUGGUAGCUUAUAAUCUGAAGCAAGAAACAAACUACCUGAUCAGGUUUCUUCGAGGUCUGAAUCCAGAGUUUGAAGGAGUUAAGAAGCAAUUGUUAAUGUUGAAGCCACUGCCCACUGUUGCUAAUGCAGUGGAUGACCUCCUUCAACAUGAACAAGAACUGAAAGCAAACCUCUCAGGUGGUUUGAAGAAGUCUUAGACUGUAGCUCUACCAGUGCAGACAGACAACAACAAGAACACUGAUGAUAAAGGUCAAGGCAAGAAAUAUUACAAAUUCUUCAAGAAGACCAGUAACAAGGAGGUAGCUCUCAUACUGGAUCCCAAAAGUUUGUAGGGUCAGUUUCACAAGGUAAUUCAAGUGAAAGUGAGACUACCUCAGAGGUCAAUUAUCACAAUGUAGGUAGUAUGGUAAGUCACUAUUCUCUCAGUUUCACUCCAAAAGAGAUGAACAAGCUGAGAUUCUUACUACAUUGUGGUGCUAACAACCCAAUCCCUACCACUCAUUCUUCCUCACCAUCACCACCAACCUCACCCUCCAUUCACCACCAAGCCUAUUCUAUCUCACAGUAUCUGCCUCCUUUCCCAAACUAUUCAGGUAAAUAUGUAUUAUCAUCAACUAUAGGACAUACUAAUUCUAAACCUGAUAGUUUAUGGAUAUUAGUUAUUGGAGCAUCAGACCAUAUUGCUUGUUCUCUAGACUUGUUUACUGAACAUAGGCAAGUGCAAGAAGUUUUUGUUCAUCUACCAAAUUGUUCUAAGGUUUUAGCGAGUCAUGUAGGCACUGUGAAAUUACCUUUUGUUAUAUACCUAUACAAUGUCCUACUAGUUCCUAGCUUCUCAUUCUAUCUGAUUUCAAUGAGCCGACUUACACAUGGCUUUCCCAUCUCCGUACACUUUCACUCUGAUAUUUGCCACAUUUAGAACCUUCUAAACAAGAGGACGAUUGGUUUAGCAAAAGAAAUUAAAGGCCUCUACCAGCUUACCUUCUCUUUCUAGACCAAUGACCAUCCUACUUCCCACCAAAGCCAAGUUGCAAGUGUUUUCAAUUUCAACCCUCAACAAGUAGACCUGUGGCAUUGGAGAUUGGGACAUCCCAACACUGAUAGGCUUAGUUUGUUACAACAUAUUGACUCAUCUAUAAUCCAUUAUAAGUUUGAUCAUUGUAAUAUUUGUCAUUUCUCUAAACACAAAAGACUACCUUCCCUUGUUAGUACACACAAUGCAGUUAAACCUUUUCAUCUUGUUCAUGUUGACAUUUGAGGACCUCUGUUUGUUAUGUCAUAUGAUGGUUACAGUUUUUUCCUUACGAUUAUUGAUGAUUGUUCAAGAGCUGUUUGGGUAUACUUAGCAUUCUCACUUCUGAUAUCUCCUCGGGAAAUAGUUCUUACUUUUUGCUUUCCAUACUUUCCGCGUCAUGGCAAGAAUGAAGCUAGGGAUUUUUUGAAGGGGUUCUGUGUGUUGGUUAAAAAUCAGUUUGUCAGUUCAGUGCAAACUAUUAGAAGUGAUCAGGGGAAAGAAUUUGAUAUGUGUGAUUAUUUCAUAAGUAAAGGCAUUGAACACCA